AUGUCCUACUACUUCACCAUUCUAUCACCCACUGACACACCUUUGUUCAACAUCGCCUUUGGCACAUCGAAGGGGGUGUUCAUCAUCCACUCAAGUCUGGACAUAUUGGAAGAAGCGCAGUGGACCAAUGGUGGAAUGUACCUGAAGCAUAUCGACACCUACCCGCCGGCAGCAGCCUACAUCACGGCUUUCCUCACUCCAAGUGGCGCGCGCUUCCUCCUCCUCCACCAACCCCCGCAUCUCCCCUCUUCAACCAGCACAAGCGGCAGCAUUGGCUCCUCCUCACUGCUAGGCACAGCUGGAUCUACCACACGCGCCUCCUCCAGCUCUAUCGCCGCAAACCCGACCUCCCCACAGACCGAAGAGGCUGUGCGCCAGUUCAUGAACGAGGUAUACGAGAGCUAUGUCAAGACGGCGAUGAGCCCAUUCUAUAAGCAGGGAAUGGAGAUCAAGAGUCCUGUUUUCAGAUCGCGGGUUACUGCUGCAGGGAAAAAAUGGCUGUAG